AUGGGGUAAGAAAAAUACAUUUUUGUAUUAAAAUCAUAGGGCUCAAAUAAAUUAUUCCAGGUUUUCUCGUGUUCCGCCUGUAAGAUGUUCUUCCAUAGAACGCUCGAAAAAAAGUUGCAAUUCACUUGCAAAUCGAGCAAUCAGUGCUCGACGAGCUUUAAAGUUUAUCCAAAGUGUAAAGCUUGUCGAUUUGAGAAAUGUCUGAAAGUUGGUAUGCGAUACGAGGCAACUUUUCUGGAAAUUGAGGAUCCGGACAAAUUUUGCAAAUUACUCCAAGAUUUGAGUGUGCGGGAUAGCCAAAACUAUUCCACUUUUUCGAAAUUUUACUCUAUGGAGAAUCCUAGUCUGGAGGAUAUUUUGAGGGACAGGAAUUCUAUGAAACUUGUUGAGAAAGUUACUAGUCCAAGAAGAGAGGAAUGGCUCUAAAUUUUAGUUUUUAGAAAUCAGGUGCCGAGUUUCCAGCUAGCGACUUAUUGUUUUUGGGUGCUUAUUCUAGAGUAUCAUAUUUCUUGGAUUUUGAUUUUAUUCAAACAAUGAGUGAUAAAGAUAAAACUAUUCUUCUUAAGUACCAUGUCGUACGAACCGGCUCACUUGCCCGUGCAAUGAAGUCUUUUGUAGAAAAACGAAG